AAAGCGAAAGCAAUAAUCAGUGUUGGGUGUGUUGUGUCGGUGUCUCUCUCUGUCUGUGAGUUUGAGCUGUAUAAUGGCAGAAUCCAGUGUUUCUUUGGCUCAUUGUAAGUUCAGCUGUUCGGAGUGUCUGGAUCUCCUGAAGGAUCCAGUCUCCAUUCCCUGUGGACACAGUUACUGUAUGAGCUGCAUCACAGACUGCUGGAAUCAGGAGGAUCAGAAGAGAGUCUACAGCUGCCCUCAGUGCAGACAGACCUUCAGCCCCAGACCCGCUUUAGCUAAAAACACCAUGCUGGCUGAAGUGCUGGAGAAACUGCAGAAGAGCAAACUACAAGCUGCUGGUCCUGCUCAGAGUCCCGCUGCAUCUGGAGAUGUGGAGUGUGACGUCUGUACUGGAGCCAAAAACAGAGCCGUCAAGUCCUGUCUGGUAUGUCUGAACUCUUACUGUCACACUCAUUUCCAGCUCCAUCAAGAACUGAAUCCAGGAAAUCAACACAAAGUGAUUGAAGCCACUCACAGAUUGAAGGAGAUGAUCUGCCAACAACACAAGAAACUCCUGGAGAUCUUCUGCCGCACUGAUCACUGCUGUAUAUGUUCUUUGUGUGUGCUCGAUGGACAUAAAAACCAUGACACUGUUUCAGCUGCAGCACAGAGGACUAAAAAACAGUGUCGGCUAAAGAAAACCCAGAGCAGAUUCCAGCAGAGACUCCAGGAGAGACAGAAGGAGCUGGAGGAGCUGAGAGAGGCUGUGGAGUCUCACAAGCACUCUGCACAGGCCGCAGUGGACCACACCGAGAGGAUCUUCACUCAGCUCAUCUGCUGGAUUGAGAGAAGCCGCUCGGAGCUCACGCAGAUGAUCAGAGAUGGAGAAAAGACUGCAGUGAGUGGAGCUGAAGAACGACUGGAGCGACUGGAGCAGGAGAUCAAUGAUCUGAGGAGGAGAAACGCUGAGCUGGAGCAGCUUUCACACACAGAAGAUCACAUCCAUUUCCUCCAGAGUUUCCAGUCUCUCUCUGUCCCUCCUGGAUCUACAGACUCAUCCAGCUUUUUUAUCAGCUCACAGCUCUCUUUUAAUAAAGUUACUGAAUCUGUGUCUCGUCUUAGCGACAAACUGCAGCAGUUCUGCACUGAGGAGAUGAAGACCAUAUCUGACAAAGUGAGAUUCAUUAGCAUCAUUCCCGCUCCUGAACCACAGACGCGUGAGCAGUUCCUCCAGUAUUCUCAACAGUUCACUUUGGAUCCAAACACAGUGAAUAAAAAGCUGGUUCUGUCUGAAGGAAACACAGCGGUGGAAAUAAACGGUUCAGACCAGCCGUAUCCUGAUCAUCCAGACAGAUUUGAUGGUUUCUCUCAGGUCUUAUGUAAAGAGAGUGUGUGUGGACGCUCUUACUGGGAGCUGGAGUGUAGCAGUGCAAGUGUGUAUUUAUCAGUGUCAUAUAAGAGCAUCAGCAGGAAGGGUUCAGGUAAUGAGUGUCGAUUUGGAAACAAUGAUCAGUCCUGGAGUUUGUUCUGCUCUGAUAACAGUUUCUCAUUCUGGCAUAAUAAUAUAAAGACUGAUCUCCGUAAACCCUCCGUCAGCUCCUCUAGAAUAGGAGUGUAUGUGGAUCACAGUGCAGGAACUCUGUCCUUCUACAGCGUCUCUGACACAACAAUGAGCCUCAUACACACACUCCACACCACAUUCACACACACACUCUAUCCUGGAUUCUAUGUUUAUUUAGCAAAGGUGAAGAUCUGUGAUCUGACAGUGUAGAUGAUGCAGAUAUUGUAUAUGUACAUGUGAGCGUUACACUUUACAAUAAGGCUUUAUUAACUUGCUUGAACUAGGAAUGAACAAUACUUGUGCAGCAUUUAUUAAUCAUAGCUUAACAAAAAUGGAUUUUUAAAGCCAAAUUCUUGCUUAUUAACAUUAGUUAAUGCACUGAGUUACUAACAUAAACAAACACAAAUAAAUGCUG